AGUGCCAGAAACGAGUGAUGAGGACACUUACGAAAAGCAACAAUCUGCCUUACAAAAGGUUAACUCUCGGAGCGUGUCAUUUAGGUGUACUAGGAAAAGGCAGAAGCCUAUCUGGACUAAGGACUUAUUUACAUGAGUAAGAAAAUGAAGAGAGGUUGAACUGUUAAAAUGGAGUCAAGAAGAUAAAAGUUUGAAUAUGUUCUUCAUUUAAUUAUAUUUCACAGUACGAGUUUAUUAUAGGCAUAUAAAUGUUUCUAUUAUUCAAAGUCUGCUACAUUCUUUCUAAAAAAGGGGAAGAUGUCGUGUUUGGAUAAUUGUGCUACUUUUAAGGCUUCCGCUAGAUGACACUGUUGUACAUACUUGUUCUGUGUUAGAAGAGAAAUGUAUGAGGAGGGACUGUUAGGUAAACAGAAUGUGGAUCAGUACGGCAUGUUUCUCUGCUUUUUUAUUUGACUGAUUCCCAACAUAACAGACACUUUCUUGUUUUAAUCAUUUGUACUGUUGGCACUGGCUUUGAGCGGCUGUGAAACCGUCAGAAUGGCUCCUCCUCUUCCUCUGAUUCUUCUUCUCAUGAUUCAAGGAGUUUAUAGUGAUGAUAAAUGGGGUGUGACUUACAGCUCUUCACACAUCUGUGCACUAAAGGACUCAACAGUGACAAUAAACUGCACUUAUAAAUACCCUACUGGAUAUAAGAUCACAGAAGUGUUCUGGACCAACACUGACAGUUCUGAUCCUCCAAAUCUGUUUAAGGACUCUGAAUACAGUGAGAGGAUUCAGUAUCUGGGAGAUAAACAGCACGACUGCAGCGUCAGACUGACUGAUGUGAGACACACAGAUUCACACAAGUACUAUUUCAGAUUCAUCACUGAUAAAGAGAAAUGGAUUGGUGCACCUGGAGUGACUCUUGAUGUCACAGAUCUUCAGGUGGAGUCUGAAGGUGAGAGAGUGAUGGAGGGACAUUCAGUGAAUCUGACAUGCAAAAGCAGAUGCAGUCUGACUGACACAUCAACAUUCAUCUGGUUUAGAAACACACAGACAUUAAAUGACACAAACAAGAAACUCAUCCUGCCGUCAGUUAGAAGAGAGAAUGCAGGUGACUAUAGCUGUGCUGUACAGGGACACAAUCUCACAUCACCUCCUCGACGUCUCAAUGUCAUCUAUCCUCCAGAAAAGACUCAGGUUGUAGUGAAUCCUUCUAGUGUAAUAGUGGAGGGUGAUUCAGUGUCUCUGACCUGCAGCAGUGAAUCAAAUCCAUCUGUUCACAACUACAGCUGGUUUAAAGAAGAAACAUUUGUAGGAUCUGGAAACAUCUACAUCAUCUCAAACAUCAGAUCUGAUCACAGUGGACAAUACAAGUGCAAAGCUGAAAAUGAACUUGGACAGAAAAAUUCAACAGUGACUUUAAAUGUCUUGUAUCCACCGAAAAAGGUCUCAGCAUCCAUCAGUUCUUCUGGUGUAAUAGUGGAGGGUGAUUCAGUGAAUCUGACCUGCAGCAGUGAAUCAAAUCCACCUGUUCACAACUACAGCUGGUUUAAAGAAGAAACAUUUGUAGGAUCUGGAAACAUCUACAUCAUCUCAAACAUCAGAUCUGAUCACAGUGGACAAUACAAGUGCAAGACUGAAAAUAAACAUGGAGAGAAAUAUUCAACAGUGACUUUAAAUGUUUUAUAUCCUCCAAGGAACAUCUCAGCAUCCAUCAGUUCUUCUGGUGUAAUAGUGGAGGGUGAUUCAGUGAAUCUGACCUGCAGCAGUGAAUCAAAUCCACCUGUUCACAACUGCAGCUGGUUUAAAGAAGAAACAUCUAUAGGAUCUGGAAACAUCUACAUCAUCUCAAACAUCAGAUCUGAUCACAGUGGACAAUACAAGUGCAAAGCUGAAAAUAAACUUGGACAGAAUAAUUCAACAGUGACUUUAAAUGUCUUGUAUCCUCCAAGGAACGUCUCAGCAUCCAUCAGUUCUUCUGGUGUAAUAGUGGAGGGUGAUUCAGUGAAUCUGACCUGCAGCAGUGAAUCAAAUCCACCUGUUCACAUCUACAGCUGGUUUAAAGAGAAUCAAACAUCAUCUGUUGGAUCUGGACAGACGUUCAGCAUCAGUAACUUUAAUUCAAGUCUCAGUGGAUGGUUUUACUGUGUGGCUCAGAAUGAAGUUGGAUCUCAGAGAUCAGAUGCUGUUUCACUCACUGUUAAAGGUGUCUCAUUAACUCUCAGUUUCUCUGUAGGUUUUGGUGUUGGAGUCUGUGUAGCAUCAGCUGCUCUGCUCAUUGUGAUGUAUAUUUGCAGAAGGAAGAGUUUGAGAAGAAAAGUGUCUGAAUGUAAACCGGAGAAUGAUGAUGUCAGUAAUGACACAUAUACAGCUCUUGAACUCAACACCAGAUCAUGUGACCUGUACGACACACUCACACCCGACCGGAAGAGGAUGAAGUAAGAGGCGGAGCCCAAGGAAACAAAUCCUGUUAUCUGUGAUGAAGUGUUUAUUUCUUUAAAGUUUAACAAUCACGAUGGACUAAGAUACAUUGUUAAAUGUAAAGUGUAAAGACAGAGGAAAAUAAACAUGAU